GCCGGGCGCGCACCGGACCGCCGACGGCAGGGCAUGUCCGGUGAGCUGUACAGUGCACGCGAGACGAGCAGCGUCGGCGACGCGGCGGGCAGUCGCGCCAGCCCGCGGCCGCGUCGUGCGCCGCCGCCCUACCAGCAGCCGGCACCCAUGGACGCGGCCGAGAGGAGUGAGCGCGGCACGCCGCGCCGGUCGCGGCCGGCCUCCCGCGGCGCCGGCGGCCGCGACACCCGCGGCCUGGACUCGGUGGAUGGCGAGUACGCGCCCGUGCGCGACCCUGGUCCGUCCGAGCCGUCGGCACGUCUGGACCGACCGCUGAUGGAGGACGGGCCAUACGGGCCCCCGCCGCCGCCGGCCGGCCUGCCGCUACACCCCAGUCCCGGGGCUCCGCACCACUCGCCAGACUUCACCAUGAAGCACGGCCUGACGCGAGACACCUACAUCCUCGAGCUGCAGGCGCAGAACGGUGACUUCCAGCGCGAGCUGAGCAACCUCAAACGCGAGCUGGAGCUCACGGGACAGAAGCUGGGCUCCAGCAUGCACAGCAUCAAGACGUUCUGGUCUCCUGAGCUGAAAAAGGAGCGUCAGAUGCGCAAGGAGGAGUCGGCCAAGUACGCCAUGAUGGGGGAGCAGAUCCAGCUACUCAACACUGAAACUCAGAAGCAGGCCGGGCUGAUAAGACAGCUGGAGGAGGAGCUGCGCUCGCGCGGCGGAGGGGGCGGUAAGAACCCGGCCGUGGUGGAGCUACAGCAGCAGCUGGAUCAGUUCUAUGUCGAGAACGACCACCUCACCCGAGAAAACACAAUGCUCAAGGAGACGGUCAAGGAGCUCGAGCUGCGCAUUGAGGCUCAGAAGCAGACUCUUCUCUCCAGGGACGAGAGUAUAAAGAAGCUCCUGGAGAUGCUGCAGCACAAAGGUCUCGGUGGUAAAGCGUUGCCCCAGGAGUGUCUGGCCAACAUGCGCACCCAGUCGGAUCUGGCCGAGGCCGAGGCACGCAUCGCUCACCUCGUCUCCGUGCUCGGCGAGCGAGACAUUGAGCUAGACAAUGCGCGACAAGAGCUGGACAACUACAUAGACCAGUACCGCCGACUUCAGGCGGAAAUACAGCAGAAGCUCAGCCAAAACCCCACCACGCUGACUGGUAUCCUGGAGGUCAAAGACAGACGCAUUGAGAGUCUCGAGCAGGAGGUAGCGCGCCUGGACUCGGAGCUGGGAAGGGCUCAGGAGGAGCAGCUGAGUGGACGCGACUCGCGCGCGCCCACCGGCUCGCCCAGAGCCCCCGGGGCCGGCGGCCUCGAGCACGAAAAGAAACUGCUCAAGGAUAAAUACGACGAGGCUCGUGCCGAACUGCAGCGCCGCGAUCAGGACAUCAUGGCGCUGACGGCCAAGCUGAAGACGCAGGAGGAGCAGCAGCACGAUUACCAGCGCCACAUCGCCGUCCUCAAGGAGUCCCUCUGCGCCAAGGAGGAGCACUACAACAUGCUCCAGGCUGAUGUUGAGGAGCUUCGACAGCGCCUGGAGGAAAAGAAUCGCACAAUCGACAAGAAGACGCAGUCAGCUCUUCAAGCUUCACAGGAGCGCAACAGGCUCAGCGGCGAGCUGAACGAAGUGCGCGACCAUCUCGACAUCAAGGAGCGGAAAAUUAACGUCCUGCAGCGAAAGGUGGAGAACCUGGAGGAGCUGCUCAGGGAAAAGGACAGCCAGGUGGACCUGGCUCGUUCGCGGCUCACUGCCGUCCAGGCGCACCAUUCCUCCUCAGAGGGAACUCUUACCUCGCUCGAGGAGGCCGUCGGAGACCGAGAGCGGCAGAUCACGCAGCUGCGCGAACAGCGGGAUCGUGCUGAGAAGGAGCGCGCACAGGAACGAGAGCAGAGCGAACGAGAACAGGCAGACCUCAAAAUGAAACUUCACGCCCACGAGUCUGAGCUGGAGAAGCUGCGUGUGCGUCUGGAGCGUGCUCAGGCAGAGAAGACUCGGCUGGAGAGUCGUCUGGAGGGCUCGCAGGCAGAGUUGGGGAAGGUUUCGGCGGAGCUGGACCGGUUACAGGGAGACGCCGGCAGCCGUAGCUCCGAGAUCGAGACGGCACGUCAGAGGGCCACUAAGCUGGAUCUCGAGGUGGAUCGACUGCACGCUGAAAACGAGAGACUUCGCUUCGAGAUGGAGCGUGAUCGCGAGCGCGUCAAUCGAGAGCGUGAGCGCGAGCGUGAGGCGCGCGAUUGGGAGCGUUCAACCACCCCAGUGUACACACCACAGCGAGAACGCCACCUCAGCGGGAGUCUGGCCGCCUCCCUGGAGAUCGAACGCCUUCAGGAGCGGCUGGACAAAGCGCAGACGGACCUGCGCCGUGCGCAGACAGAAUCGCGUCUCCACCAGGGCGACAACGAGAGGGCGCAGGUGGAAGUAGAACAGCUGCAGGAGAAACUCGAGAAAUCCUCCGGCGAAGUGUUCCGUCUGAAGACUCGUCUGGAGAGUGCGCAGACUGAGAGGGAACAGCUUCAGGAGGAGCACGACCGCACUCAGAUGGCUCUGACCCGGUGUAUGACCGAGAAGGAUCGGCUGCAGGCGGAGGUGUCUCACCUGCGGGACGAGGUGGAGCACACGCAGCAGAGCGUCGGGCGCGCUCAGCUGCAGCACGACAAGGCGCAGGGAGAGCUCAGCAAGACGCAGCUGGAGCUCUCUCAGCUGCAGGACAAGCUGGACAGGACCACCGGCGAACUCCGGCGGAUACAAAUGGACAAAGAAAAGGCAGUUUAUGAAUUAGAUUCACUGCAAGUUCAAGUUGACAAGGCACUGGGGCAGUGUUCAAGAGUACAAAAAGAAAAGGAGGUGGUUCAGACUGAGCUUCAGAAGCUGAAGGACAAACAGGACAAGACGCAGGGCCAGCUGACCCGCGUGACGAAGGAGAAGGAGUCCUCCGAUGCGGAGAGGUCGCGUCUGACGGAGAAGCUGGACGUGCUACAGAGCCAGCUAACCAAGGCGCUCCGUGACCGGGACGCGGCGCAUACCGAGCUCGAUCUCCUCAAGGAAAAGGUCGAUAAGAACGCCGCCAUGAUUCAGAAGCUGCAGCUUGAAAAAGAAGAUAAAAACGCGGAGAUAGAUCAUCUGAAGGACAAGCUCGAUAAGAAUGAUCUGCUGGUUUGUCGACUCCAAGAAGAGAAGGAAACGUUGCAGCGCGAUCACGAACGAUUGGUAGAAAAGUAUGAAAGGUCGCAGGGGGAGGUGCAGCGCCUUCAGGCCCGGCUUGAGACGGCCCAGUCGGACCAGGACCGGCUGCAAGCUGACGGCGAGAAGGCCCACCUGCUGCUCAACAAGACCCGUGACGAGCAGCGGCGCGGUCAGGAGGAGCUCGAGAAGCUGCAGGAGCUCUACGACCGCAGCGCAGUCCAGUUCAUGCGGAUGAAGGACAGCGAGGCGCGCUGCCGUGAGGAGACUGAGCGCAUCACUGUCGAGCUGGAACACCUCCAGGAGAAGUACGAGCGAACGCAGAUGGAGGCCAAGAAGCUGGCCAACGAGCGGGAACAGCUGAAGGAAGAGGUCGAGAAGCUGACGUUUGAUGUGGAGCGUGCCAAGGCGCAGUAUCAGAAACUUCAGAGUAACCAGGAACGUAGCAACGAGGAGACGGCGCGACUUCAGGUAGAACUGGACAAGGCCCAGGAGAAGCUGGAGCGGAAUCAGUCGGAGCUGAAGAAGGCUCAGACUGAGCGCGACAAAGCCCUGGCGGAGACAGACACCGGCCAGGCAGAGAUAGAGCGGUACCUGGUGCGGAUCGGGAAGUACCAGGACACACAGGAGCGAGGUCGGGAGGAGCAGGAGCGGCUCAAGUUUGAGGUUGAGCGUCUCCGGGAGCGCCUGGAGAAGGCACAAAUGGAACUAGAGACUGAGCAUCUAAUGAAGGAACGCUUUGAACAGGAUGCUUCAAAGCUUCGCCUCGAGCUAGAUCGUCUGCAGAGCAGCCAGGAGCCUGGUCUGGCGAUGAGUGACGAUGGCAAGUCGAGGAUCCAGGCCGAAGUACUCCAGGGAGAACUGGAUCGUAUGCGCGAUAAGUACGACUCGGCACAAAUGGAGAUACGCAAACUCCGAAUACAGCUAGAAAAGCGGCACGAGGAGAUUCUGAUUCUGCAAAAGGAGCUAGACAAAUACGAAAAUUGCUCAAUGAAGCUGAGUUCCGAAAAGGAACAGCAGCAGAGCGAGCUGGAACGCAUCAAGUCUGAGCUGGGCCGCAUUCGCUCUCGGUACGAGGCGGCGCAGACGGAGGUAACGCGUCUGGAGCAGCGGACCGCGCACCUGGAGUCGGAGAACGUGCGUCUGCGCGGCGAGCUGCAGCAGGCGCAGUCGGAGAUCGAGCGGCGCCGACACACGCCCGACGAGUCCAAAGGUGAGGCCGAGCGGCUGCGCGGUAAGCUGGAGAGGGCGCAGGCUGAACUGCAGAAAGCCACCGAGCAGCGGCGGGCGGUGGAAGCGGAGGCGGCCAGGCUCGCUCGCGACCUGGAGCACGCCCAGCAGCGGCUGGCGCGCUUCAGGGACAGCACCGAGGCGGCCAAAGUCGAGUUCGAGAAGAUGGCUGCCGAGAUCGAGUCGCUGCACAGUCGGCUGGAGCAGACGGCCGCGGAGCUGCGCACCGCCGAGGCUGCCCGCAGGGAUCUGCAGGAGCGCCUCGACCAGCUGGGCUCCAGUGGGGAGCAGGCGGAGCAGCGGGUAGCCGUGUUCCAGGAGCAGUUGGCCACCGCCUGCGGGGAGCUGGAGCGGGUCCAGUUGGAGAGACGCGCCGCUGAGGACCGCGCCAAGAAGACUGAGGCGGAGAUGGCCGGGGCGGCGCGGCGCGCCACCGAGCUGGAGUCGCGCCUCUCCCAGCUGACUGCCGAGCGCGACCAGCUGACCGCGCGGCUGGAGGAGCUGCGCCGUCAGCUGGUCGCGCAGCAGGCGCUCAGCGAGGAGGAGCGCGAGGAGGAGGAGCGCACCUCUCGGGAGCUGCGCUCGGAGCUGGAGCGCGUGCGCCGGGACGCAGAAGAGGCCCGCACGCGUCACGAGGAGGCGCUGGCCGCGGCCGGUAACGACACGGAGCUGCUCCGUCUGGCCCAGCAGGCGGCCGACCAGGAGCGGCGACGUGCCGAGGCGGCCGAGGGCAGCACCAAGGAGCAGCGAGCGGAGCUGGAGCGGCUCCGGCAGCUGCUGGAGACCUCCCAGACCGAGCGGCGGGAGUCGGGAGACGUUCUGCAGCGGCAGCUGGAGCAGCAGCGUCUGCAGCUCGAACAGCAGCGCCAGCAGCUGGAACAGCAGCAGGUGGUGAUCCAGCAACAACAGCAGCAGUUGGCGGCGGCGCAGGCAGAGGAGCCGCCGGCCGGCGACUCGAUGGAGGUACAAAAGCUGCUCGCGGAGCUGGAGCGUUCCAAGAGCGACAUGCAGAACGCGCGAACAGAGCGAGAGCGGCUGCAGUCGCAGCUGGAGAUCCUGGUGCAGGAGCUGCAGAAGACCCAGCUGGAUCUCCGGGAAGCCCAACAGAGGCUAUCGACUGGUCACGCCGACGGCGACACGGAGCUGCAGCAGAGGCUAGAGGAGCAGCGGCAGCUGGCGCAGCAGCGCGACCAGCAGCUGCAGAAGCAGGCCCGACAGCUGGCCGACUCAAAUAGGCAGCUGGAGGACUCGCGGCAGCAGCUGCAGCAGCUGCAGUCGCGGCUGCACCAGCUGGAGGCGGCGCAGCCCUCAGCGGAGGGCGACCGGUCGGAGCCGGCGGCGGCGCAGCUGGCGGAGCUGCAGGCCGAGCUGGCGCAGCUGCGAGAGGAGCAGAGUCGCGCGCAGAGCCAGUCCGAGCGGCUGCUCCACCUGAUGCAGAUGUCGCAGGAGGAGCAGCUGGCCAAGGACCGGCAGAUCAAGGAGCUGCAAGAUGCGCUGAAGAAGACUCGCGGGCCGCCCGCAACAGCACCCCCUUCGACGGCAGCCUCGCGAGCCACCACCCCCGCCGGCGGCUCAGCGCCCAAGGCUGACCAGGACGAGGCGGCGCGGCUGCACCGCGAGCUGCGCCACCGUGACGCCGAGCUGGAGCGGCGCGGCGCGCGCGUCUCCGAGCUGGAGGCCGAGGUGACGGCGCUGGAGGCCGAGCUGGCGCAGGCCGGACGGCUGCCAGAGCUCGCCCAGAUGGUGGCGCUGGUCAAACAGAAGGCGACCCGCUGCCAGGAGCUGGAGGGCGCGCUGCGAGAGGCGGCGCGCCAGACUGAGGACCGCGAGGCCGCUCUGCACGACGAGGCGGAGAAGCACGCAGAGCUGACACAAAAGAUGCAGGAGCUGGAGGGUCGUCUGGGGGCCAUGCAGCAGGCGGCUGACGCUAGCUGCAGCAGCUGCACGCCGCUGCGGAAACGGCUGCGGACCGUGCAGCUGCAGCUGCAGCAGCUCCACUCGGAGAGACGCCGCCAGCUGGAGGAACUCUUUGACCUCAAGCAGGAGGCGCUGGCGUCGGCGGUGAGUGAGAAGGACGCCCACCUGGCGCUGCUGGAGGUCUCGGGGAUCCGGGACGCGCGCACUGCGGAGCAGGCAGACAGCCUCGCCAGCCAAAAGCAGAAGCUCGUCGAGAGGAUGCGCCAUGAGAACGAGUGCCGGGUGCGGCUACUGAGUGAGUGCGAGGCUGUGGAUGUCUCCAGUCUUCCGUCGAGCGAUGACUCGUCCCCGCGCCUUUCACCAGUCUCAUCGUAGAUGCCGAGCUGUGGCCGCCGCCACGGCCGACUGGGACCGUCCGCCACCGAGCUUCCGCCGCCUGUCCGCAGCAGUGUGUGUGUCUGUCUGUCUGUGUGUAUGUAUGUGUGUAGAGGUGCGUGAGUGGCACUACAAAGAACUGAUCGGUAGCCCCGGACCUGGUGACGAGACUCACUCAGACCAGGUCUCAGGCGGUAGCGUGAGAUGGACAUAAGACGAGACAUCGAUAGAUAUGGAUAGGUUGUUGAGUCGACGGUUAUUUAUGGAUACAGUUCUUGACGAAUGAGUACCAGUUCAACGUAAUUAUGUCGCAAUUGAAAGUCCUCAAAAUAAGGGAUUUUAGAAGACAUUCAGUGGAGAUGCGGCAAAGUAUAGAUAAAACGUAUCACAUAUACCGUUGACCAGACGCUUUAAUAUGAUAUCAUACGCACCUAAGAAAGGUUCAUAAGUACGAUUGCCUUGUUGAACAUGUUGGCAGCAUGUGGUGUCAUGGUUUGGCAGCACUGCCUGCUAUUGUCACCCACCGCAAGCCCGCCGGCUAGCUGCAGUGGUUUAUGGGGGACGCGAGCGUCACACCGGGCCGUGAUGCUUAUGAUGUACCCUGAGUCACGCCGCCGAGAAGGUACCGGCGUGCUGUCAUGUUGUCAGUUGUGAUGCUGGUUGUAAUGGUGUGACGUCGGACGAGACAAGGAGGAUCGUUCUGGAGCAAAAGGCAAAUGAUUGUGCCCCGUCUCCACUGCCCGACAUGUGCCAUAUUCUAUGAAACUGAUGUUCGGCGUAUCUGUAAGAACCUUAGUUCACACCUUGUUGCGUAGUUUUGGUGAUUUCGGCCCGCUGAAGCCGUUUUGCCAGCGUAGGUUUUGUGACAAAGGCCGAGCCCCGCUGCAGCUCGCUACUGUGAUGACCGAUAGACUUCUCAGCAUUCAGACCCUCUUAUCAGCCCCACCUAGUGUUGUCUCCGUGUGUAGUGUGACUGUUUCCAGGCACCCCUCGUGUUUCCAUUCUUCGUAGUCCGCUGACCGGACCCUAGUCACAGGCGCUGCAGCUGCACUGUUUGGUGGCACUUCCCGCCUGGAUAGACGGGCCAUGUAAUGCACAAUGUCGUCUUUAUCGCACUCUUUGCAGCAUUGUGCACACCCGCUCUGUUUUGUGCUGCUGCACCAAUACGUAUGCGGUCUGUACCCUUUGCGCCAAGAACUGAGCAUCAACUCUGAGUUCUCUAGCGGGCUCAAUGAACGCUGUUAUUGGAAGAGGUGUUUUGCUAGGUAUUUAAUAUCUAUGUAGAAAGACGCUGAUAAUAAUAUCACUGAGCAUAAUUGGACUGGUUUCGUGUUAAUUACGCAGAAUAAGUCAUGAGUGCUGGUGCUAUGACUCGUUAUAUUUUUCUGUUGACACACGUUUAUUGAAGCAGCAGGCGUGUGUUCAUAGAAAGACUGACAUGCUGUAGUGAGGAGAACAAGCCACCUAUCUCGAAGGCGGUCAUUCUCACUCUGUCGGCAUAUCUGCCUGGAUAUUGGACCGCUCAUUUAUGUAGAAUACAUGCUGAGUGGGA